UGUUGAAAUCGAAGUAAAACUUGUGGGAUACACGAGACUCUUGACAAACAAACUAAACAAAGCGCUGACACUUUCAGUUCCGAUGAGCUUCGAUGGGACGAUUGAAACUUGCUUUCGUACGCACAAGGUAAUGUUUGCCAGUCGUCCCCCCAUGAAAAGCGCAUCCUUUUGAGGAGAAGGGGAAAACUGGCGCUUUACAAACAGCAUCGGGAGGGAGUUGCACCGAGAAAGGCCCUUUUCCUCUCCCCAGCAUCAGCGAACCGCGCCUGCGCUCGGGACUGCUGCCGAAACUCCGGCUCGAAAGUGUUGUGAGUUUACUCGGAGCUCCGACCUCGAUGGUGGAACGGCGGGACCAUCGAUUGAGCCGCCUCGUCGUCGGACCUGUAGAACGCAAUGUCACUACUUCUGGCCACGUGGACGCUCACUCUUGCAGUGGCCUACGCUUGGACAGAGUACGGGAACGCAGGAUACGUGAAUGAAAUCACUGUUGUCACAAACCAGACUGGAAAGCUGUAUUGCAACACAACGGUUCUGUCUGGAAGCAACGAUGAAAACCCAUCCCAAAUACGGUGGUAUAAAGGUGCUGAGCUCAUCUACAUGCUCACUUCAGAUGGUCGUAAUGUCCCAGUGCGGCAGAUGACGCACAGGCCCAGUGCAACUUGGAAGGAUCGCCUGCAAUUGAGAGCUACGCGCCUGCCCAUCUGGCUCAGUAUCAACAUGGUGAACACGUACGACCAGGGACACUAUCAUUGUCACGUGUAUUACGGCAAUGACCUCAAGAGGAACAUCACUCACUUUCUUAAGGUUAUAGAGCCUCCCCACGGUUUAGUUGUGCUGGCUGGCCGGCUUCGCCAAGUGCGUUUGCAGUCAAACGAGUACGUAAACCAUAGUGAAGGAGAGGAUUUAUACCUGGAAUGUCGUGCCAUUGGAGGGAAGCCGGAUGCUCAUAUCCGUUGGCUGGAGGAUCCUCUCAAGGAGAAUUCGUCAAGUGGCCGCGCUGUACUAAUCAUUCCAAAAGUUCCCAGGCAUCUUGAUAACGGUGUUUUCACCUGCGAGGCUUCCAACAGCAAUAUUACGGGACCGUUACAAACAUCAGUGUCCUUAAGGUUGAACUUAAAACCAGUGAACGUCACCAUUCGGAACAAAAACACUCCUUUAAAGGCAGGUGUCCUCGCUAGAGUGGAAUGUGAAUCAUACGGAUCGAGACCUGCUCCCCAUUUUUCGUGGUGGCUCGACGGCAAGGAGCUCAACAGUUCAAGGAUCGUCGAGAAUGACCUAUCUGUGCUGUUUUUUCGACCAACGGUACAGAAUAACAGGCAAACACUGACGUGUAUUGCGAGAAAUCCGUUGAUAAAAAGCAGCAAGAGCAACGACGUAUGGAAUCUGGAUGUUCAGUAUAAACCACAGGUCAAUCUACUGUAUCAAGAUAUGAAGGUGGCUAAAGUGAACGUUACACAUGGAACGCCCAUAUCAUUGGACUGUACAGCGACCGGCAAUCCAGCUGCUACGAGCAUCACUUGGUGCUUUAACCAUAGGCCGCUACGCAGGAUGCCACUCUACAAAUCCGGUUACUUCACAAGAGACGGUACGAGGCUGGACAUACUGAACCCUGGAAGGAAUCACACGGGCGUGUACACUUGUAUGGCCACCAAUGAUCUUGGCAAUUCUACGAGCAAUGAGCUGUUUCUCAGGGUUCUUUAUGAACCUGAAUGUGCGCGUUCAUCUGACGACUACAUUACGGGUUCUAUCAACGACAUAAUUAAAGUCCCAUGUAAAAUAUCUGCCGAACCCAGCGACGUCAAAUUCCACUGGCUUUUCAAAAGUUCAACAGGCACAAACGUGACGACGAGGAAUCUUACGUCGAACUACAACAGUAGCUCGAACGGAGUUCUGUUGUACUCUCCGAAAAUUGCUGCCGACUUCGGCACAAUUCACUGCUGGGCCGAAAAUGAAAUCGGAAAAAUGAAGAAGCCCUGCGUAUUCCACAUUGUAUUAUUCGAUUUAGACGACAGUGUGGUGUCUUAUGUGCUGGUUGCUGUCAUCGUUACCGUGUUGUUCGUCCUCAUUUUGGUCGCAGCAGUGAUCGGCAUCGUUAUUCAGACAAGAACUAAAGACGUUAGAAAGAAAGGGCUUCAGUUACAAACUCGAAAUGGCUCACAAGGGAAUUCCAUGGUACCCAAAUCACUGUACGGGGAUCACAGUGUGUGACUCAGGUGACAAUAGUCAACUACCGGUGCAAAGACUUUCUCGCGAACCUCAUAGUGCCAUCAGAACGGUAACUCACUUCAUGAACUCGCAGGAAAUAUCACACCUACCAUAUCGCAAUGGGAGCAGUUUCAUAGACAGUGAAUAAGUGUUUGCUGUUACCUGUUCAUUGUUUCCGGCGGCUUCUGCAAGCGGGAAUAUACGUGUUGGAUCCUCGUUCUACUACUAUCAUCGUGUUUGCAUGCAUGAUACUUGAGCAAACUGCGACGAUAAUUGUUGUUGCAAAAUGAAUAACACGUCCAGAUCAGCUUGAGCCAUGUUGCUGAGAGGUUAGCGAGAUAUUAGAAGACACAUCUAUGGGCUGUUUCGUACCAUUCUCCCAUCUAUUAAAAACAAUUAGCCGCACGUAUAGGGGAUUAGCCACAGUGAACGCAAUCAUAUGCGGCCGUAUUGGGAAAGGAGGGCUGUUCAUUUGCCGAAGAAUGCAGUAAGAAUGAAGAAAGCAGGGUUCAAUGCAGGAAGACGUUGACAAGCAUAAUCACUCUAGUACGUCUGACAUGAAUGGGAAGAUAUAGUGACACUGUAGCGAACUGCAUUGUGUUUUCGUAUGUUAAACCAGUUGGGGGGGGGGGGGGGAGAGUAAAGGUAAACGAAGUCAUUAGACAUUGUUUGGCCAGCCUGUAAGAAAACAAGAGUCCACAUAAGAAGAUAAGUCUAAAGGUGAGAAUUGUGACUUUAUGGAUCCUUGACUCACGCUAUUGACGUACAAAUGUAUACAAGAAAACUACAUAUCCAGAUAUUGCAGUGAUUCAGAUAUGUAUGCAUACUGUGCACAUGGAGUACAUCUUGUUAGAUGCUUGUGAUUAUAUGCGGUUGCUUCCCUGCAUUCCGCCUCUUUCUUCAGUGCCGGAUUUUGUAAACAAAUAGAUCUACUGAGAGCUAGACCUUCACUGUAACUUACGCGUUACUCCUUACAUUCUGUCAGAGUUGACUUUAUUCGUACGUGUUACAGUAGAAGAAACACAGUAGUAUCGUAUAGUGUGCUAUUAAGCAGAUUCCUCCGUUCUAGUUGCUUAUGUUUAAGCUAUUUUUAUCGAAAGAAGUGUAAAAAUGAUGAGUAGAGGCAUUCAUCGCACGAUACAGUACUCAUUAAAUCGUAUUUUGUAAAAAAAAAUUAAAUAACGACGAUGUUUUCCCGAUUGCACAA